UAGACGCAAUGAAUAAAAUCAUAUAUCUUCUCUUAUAUAUAUGAAUAAAAUACACGUAUGGUGGAUGACGACAUAUUAUUUUCUAACCUAACAUCGUAUCACCUUUUUCUGUUUUGUGCGGUUUUCUGUGAGAACGGAAUUGGUUUUUUUUAAUUAUCAGCUGCAAAAUGGGAACAGAACCUGAUCGGGCUCAAUUUUUACUACCAUUAGAUCAACCCAUUGUGUGCCUGGACGUUAGCACAGCCUUCGCUCAACUAAGCAAAAGCGAAAAAUUUUACGCCCAUCAUUUAAGUAAGGCAUGCUGGACGGGAGGCUUCGUGACUUUGCUGCAGACCAGCCCCGAAUCUGGUCCAGUUUUUGUUUUACUGCAUAAGCUAUUCAGCGCUCAGGACCCUAGUGAAAUUCGCGCGUCGGCCUCCGCUCACGGCUUCACCGACGCCGAAAUAACGGGAUUGUUCGUUUACGCUGCUGGAGUAUUUUCAAAUGCCGGUAAUUACAAGGGAUUUGGUGAUACAAAGAUUGUGCCUGCAAUUGAACCCGAACGCCUAGAGGAAGUUUUAAAACUUAGCCCUGUAUGGUCAGACUUACAAUCCAUAUGGAACUGUUUCAACCUGAAAGAGAGGCUGUACGAUUUGAGUCAAGGCCGUACAUGUCUAGGAUUUCCACCGGACGGGUGUACAACUUAUUUUUCUGCUAAUUGUACAUCAGAGGAUAAUGCCCGGGUCUUGAGUUGGUUGAAGAAACUUAAUUUAGAGUUGUACAACACACGAUGCUUUAAAAAAGUAUUGCCAGGUGAUUCUAUAGAAUACGAAAUCAGAUUAGCUUCAGAGGACAUUGGUGAUGUGCAAUGCGAAGUCGAUGGAAAAUACAAAUAUCGAUUGGUAAAGGGAGAUUACGCACCUCUGAUGAAGAUAUUGUCAACAAAUUUAGAGAAUGCAUUACCUUACGCCAAUCAAAAGGAGCUGAGCAUGCUUCAAAGCUACAUACGUUCGUUUCGUACAGGGUCAAUUAAUGAACACAAGGACGGGUCAAGAUUUUGGAUUCAAAACAAAAGCCCGGCAAUCGAAACCUACAUCGGCUUCAUAGAAACUUACCGUGAUCCGGCAGGUGUGAGAGGCGAAUUUGAGGGAUUCGUCGCGAUAGUUAACCGUCCCAUGUCAGAGAAAUUUAGUCGCUUGGUCGACAAUGCUGAGCAGUUUUUAGCUCACUUACCAUGGCCUAAAGAGUUCGAGAAAGAUACAUUUCUCCGACCAGACUUUACAUCUUUGGAUGUGUUGACCUAUACCGGUAGUGGAAUUCCUGCUGGUAUCAACAUUCCUAACUAUGAUGAUAUUCGCCAAUCGGAAGGAUUUAAGAAUGUGGCCUUAGGCAAUGUAAUCCCUGCGAAUUAUCAGUACUCAAAAACUCCAUUCCUUAGUGAAGAUGAUAUUAAUCUAUUAAAGGAGUGGAGAGUUCGCUCCUUUGAAUUACAGGUAGGGUUACAUGAAUUGUUGGGUCAUGGUUCUGGAAAACUCUUCUUUAAAGUGACUGAUGGAAGUACAAAUUUCCCGGACGAUUUAUUAAACCCAUUAACUAGCAAUCCUAUUACUUCCUGUUAUCAACAAGGUGAUACAUUUGAUGCAUGUUUCGGGACUAUCAGUUCGGCCUACGAAGAGUGUCGUGCCGAAGCAGUUGGGCUUUUCUUGAGCUUAGAAUUAAGCAUCCUGGAGAUAUUCGGGUAUAAAGACCAAGAGGCUGACGAUAUUAGGUACGUUAACUGGUUGGCACUGAUAUGGGCGGGCGCAGGCAAAGCUUUGGAAAUGUGGGAGCCUGGACGUGGAUGGCUUCAAGCUCACUCGCAAGCAAGAUACGUCUUGACUAAAGUUUUAAUGCAAGCUGACGUUGUAAAGGUCACACAGCCAUCUAAAGAUGAUCUUUUAAUAACGGUCGACCGAUCUGCUCUGCUAGGACCGGGACGCAAUGCAAUUUCGCAUUUCUUGUUACAAUUGCAAGUUUACAAAUCGACAGGUGAUAUUGAAGCUGCCAAGAAAUUAUUUGGUGGUUUGUCCGAAGUUGAAGAACCAUGGCUCAGUUGGCGCUCUAUAAUCCUUGCACAUAAGCAACCUAGGAGUAUACUUAUACAGCCUAAUACUGAAUUCGUUGAUGACAACAUAAACAUUAAGUUCUACGAUCCGCAUGUGGAAAGUGUGAUAGCAUCUUGGAUAGACAGAUUUCCUGAACCAGAACCACUUUAUACGGCUUUAAUUGAAUUGGCUAGUGCUGACUUACCGUAUUUUCCUUAAUAUAAAAUUUACACUUUUUAUUAUGUGUUUGUUUUAAAUAAAAAAGAAAUAUAUACACU